AUGCCUGGGGCACCACGCUUCACGCAGAAGCCCUCGAUACAGCAAACCCCGCAAGGGGAUUUGCUCAUGGAAUGCCAUCUUGAGGCAGAUCCGCCGCCAGAUAUUGUAUGGCACCAUGCCGGAACCCCGAUUGCUGCCGGUCCGCGCGUUACGCUUACCUUAACUAACCUACACGACAACCUUUACAAGGCUAUUCUGCUGAUCAAAGAGCCGAAUGUCAGUGACGGCGGAGCGUAUAAAUGUACAGCAGGAAAUCAAUACGGGGAAUCAAACGCAAAUAUCAACUUAAACUUUGCAGGUAAACAUCCGUUACGCUAUUGCCAAACGGAUAAAUGCUGUCUUUACAUAAUGUUCCCACCUCUUCCCAUCUUCUCUUAGCA